CGCUCCAGCGCCGCGGCGGACUCCCCGCGCUGCUGCCAGGGCAGGGCAGAGGGUCCACGGCCUCAGAAGAUAAGAUGGGGAGGGCCUGUGGAAAAGUCUGGGGCAUUUUGCAAAAGGCAGUGUCCAAUCUAUUACUUAGAACAUAGGUUAUAGAAUUUUGAGACAGUAUUCGAUGAAAAGCGACUGUCACUCGAGCUCGCGAACCCAGAGACCAGCCACCCUGGCACACCGCCACGCCACUUCAGAACACGGACCUGGAGGAUCCGAGUGGGGGGGUUCACCCCUCCCCGCCCCCCGCGAAGCCGGAACUCCGCUGAUGGGAACCAGCAGACCCGCACUCCAGGAGGACACGCGGGCAGCCGGGGCGUGGGAUUCCUGCAGAGACCUCGGUGGAGGGUCAGAGGCCCGCGCCGAGCCCUGGGACACGGGGGUCGCUCCUCCUCCGCUGGAGGGACUGACUUACAAUUUGGGUCGAGAGCGCACAGCGCGGGGCUACGAGGGUGCGCAGUUCCCCGGGUCCCCCGAGUCCCCGACGCCCGGCGAGGAGAUCUGGGUUUUCCAGCGCGCCCCGCGAGACGCCUCUGCUCAGGAGCCCGGCGCCGGGGCCCCGCGAUGGCCGCGGGCCGCAGCCUUAGGGAGCUGCUGCCGCGUGGGUGCCGGGGCGCCCCUCCCUAGCGGGGCGCAGCCUGCGCCCGGUCCCCGCCCGACCAGCAGAAUGGGGGGCGGAGGGUCUGCCCUGAGGGUCUGCGCGGACCACCGCGGGGGCAUCAACUGGCUCAGCCUGAGCCCCGACGGGCAGCGCCUGCUGACGGGCAGCGAGGACGGCACCGCCCGGCUCUGGAGCACCGCGGACGGCCAGUGCUGCGCCCUCCUGCAAGGACACGAAAGCUACGUGACCUUCUGCCAGCUGGAGGACGAAGCUGCCUUCACGUGCAGCGCUGACUGCACCAUCCGGAAGUGGGACGUGCUGACCGGGCAGUGUCUGCAGGUGUUCCGGGGACACACAUCCAUUGUGAACAGGAUCCUGGUCACCAACAACCAGCUCUUCAGCAGUUCCUAUGACCGGACAGCUCGCGCCUGGAGUGUAGACAAAGGGCAGGUGUCGCGGGAGUUCCGGGGCCACCGCAACUGUGUGCUGACUCUAGCCUACUCUGCCCCCUGGGACCUGCCUGGGGCUCCCUGCGUGGAGGAGGCCGUGGCUGGGGGGCUUCUGGUGACGGGAAGCACAGACGGCACAGCCAAGGUGUGGCAGGUGGCCAGUGGCUGCUGCCACCAGACGCUGCGGGGCCACACGGGCGCCGUGCUCUGCCUGGUGUUGGACACACCUGGCCACACAGCCUUCACCGGCAGCACCGACGCCACCAUCCGCGCCUGGGACAUCCUGAGUGGGGAGCCGCUGCGCGUGUUCCGGGAGCACCAGGGCUCCAUCAUCUGUCUGGAGCUGGUGAACCGGCACGUGUACUCGGGCAGCGCCGACAGGACGGUCAAGUGCUGGCUGGCGGACACGGGCGAGCGCGUGCGCACGUUCGCCGCCCACAGACACAGCGUGAGCGCCCUCAAGUAUCACGCAGGCACCUUGUUCACAGGCAGCGGGGACGCCCGCGCGCGCGCCUUCGACGCCCAGUCUGGAGCCCUGCGGAGGGUGUUCCGCGGCCACGCCUUCAUCAUCAACUGCAUCCAGGUGCACGGCCAGGUGCUCUACACCGCCUCGCACGACGGCGCGCUGCGCCUCUGGGACGUGCGGGGGCUUCCGCCGCCGCGCCGCGCCGCCCCCAAGCGCAGCCUCUCGCGCCUCUUCAGCAACAAGGUGGGCUGCGCCGCCGCAGCGCCCCUGCAGCCGGCCUGAGGCCCCCGGAUCCGCCGAGGGAGCGCGGCCCGCCCGCCCGAGGGCCCCCAGCGGGCGAAGGCGACACAUGGGGCCUUGCCUCCGCGUCGGAGGACCUCCGAAGCCGUCUCCCGUGGGGAGACUGUGCUUGGCCCGGACCGCGUCCCCAACUUGCCCGCCUGUCUGUCCCCACCCUCUUCAGCCCAGCCCUCAGCCUGCGCUCCGGCCCACCCGGGACCCUCCCAAUUCUCAGGGUCUCCAGCCCCACGACCUGGGGCGCCUGCUGAGCGAAACGGACGCUUCAAAAUGCCGCUGAGCCACAAACUGUCGUUAUUCUGGCCAAUUGUACAACUUGUGCAGAAGCGAAAUACAGGUCCUUAAAAUGCUCUGCAAGAUGUCUUUUGUUCUGCAAACUGAGCCUCAGCCUCCUCGCAGAGGGAGGAGGGGUUCUCGGGCACCAGGGGCCGGCCUCGCUCCCGGCCUGGGCCUGCCGGCCUGGGGAUGAAAAGAGGGGCUGCAGCCUCACGGCCGCGGCAGUGUCCCUCAUGUGGGGAGUGGCUUGAAAGAGGCACCUCGGUUGGGUGACAGCAAGGAUCCGUCACCCUGGCUUUGGAGCUGCAGUUCCUGCACGAGUCGAGGAGGGCCUCUUCUCUCUGGUCUGGAGUAGAAAGGCCUCACGCACAGGAGCCAGCUCUGCGCGGGCGAGGGGAAGGCCCUGGAGGUGUGCACAGGCCCUAGCUGGUCCCUGGUGCAGGAAGAGGAAAAGCUGCAGAAGACAGCGUCCACUCUUGAGAGUUCAGCGUCUCGCCGAGGACAAGCCUCCCCAGACAGAGGCAGCCCUGACGCAGAGAGGGCCAGCAGCUGUGGCUGCGACGGCAGGCCCACCCCGGGGGGCUUCUGGGAAGCUGACUUCAUUUCAGAGAGGGCAGGCAGAGAGAAUCCCUGAGUACCUGCAUCCGCAUUCAGUCGCCUUCUCAGACUACUUUGUGGACAGAGGCAGCUGGAGUAACCAGAGGCUGGCUGGACCACGCUCUCUCUCGGAAUUGUUGACAGCUGAUACCCACCUCAACAGCCCUGGCUUACACCUUAUCCAGCAACACCCCCGUCUUUUCUCACUCUACCCUGAGAAAAAGCCACUGGCUGUGGAUCCUAAAACUGGCUGGCGCCUGCGUGUGUUUUCUCCAGCCUGCCUGCCCCUCCCAGAGAAAGAAGUCGAGUCAAGAUAGUCUUCUUCGUGUUCUGGAAUAUCUUCCAGAAUCUCAUUGACGGCCUCCGUCUCCAUGUCUUCAUCCGUCGAGGC